CAUACUGUACUUAUGUAGUAAUGGACUCGAUUAAACAAUACGUGGUUCGGUGUCUGAAGCAUCAUGACGUCACAGAAUAGUUUGGUAAAGUGACGUUUACAUUUUCCAACUCAUCGAUUUCACAGCCGUGAUAACAAGUUCCUGGUGUGUGUGUGUACUACCGGAGUGGAGUCUGUGAUAGGCCACAGUGGAUCAAAAUAACUGUACAUGUGAUAACAGAUCGGCCGGUAUAGCAAUGAUAACGUGGACAUUACAUGAGGUAUAUAUAUGUAUAUGUAUACAUACUUUACACACUUAGAAGGACUUUGUGACACCGUUACUUGUUAGGAGUGCGUGCUGUGUACUUGUUGUGUAUUGAUCUGACCCUUGAACUUCAAGAAAACCCUUACACGUUAUAUGUCUGUAUGACGUAUCGCUCAACUGGUGUAACAGCAAUCAGUCAGUUGGACCAAUCAGUAAUUGUCAUCAGCGACUAGUGACACAUAUCUUUGUGUCAAGUGGAGGAAGGUGGUCAGGGGUCCGACAUACUGUAGUAUUGUGGAUAGACGGAAUGUCUCAUCAGGUACGAAUGUAACAUACACGAAUAUUGUCAUCGGUUAAUUGUCUGAAUACAAGAAGAUUAAUGACUUCUUGUUAACUAUUAAUCACAACCAGAAUUAUACCUCAAUUGAUCCGUAAAGUGAAUACUUUUAACAGUAACAUUCAAACAACACGCACGUGAACAGGAUAUAAACACAACACGCACGUGAACAGCAUAUAAACACAACACGCACGUGAACAGCAUAUAAACACAACCCGCACGUGAACAGGAUAUAAACACAACACGCACAUGAACAGGAUAUAAGCACAACACGCAUAUGGACAGGAUAUAAACACAACACGCACGUGAACAAGAUAUUAACAUAACACGCACGUGAACAGGAUAUAAACACAACACGCACGUGAACAGGAUAUAAACACAACACGUUCGUGAACAGGAUAUAAACACAACACGCACGUGAACAGCAUAUAAACACAACACGCACGUGAACAGCAUAUAAACACAACCCGCACGUGAACAGGAUAUAAACACAACACGCACAUGAACAGGAUAUAAGCACAACACGCAUAUGGACAGGAUAUAAACACAACACGCACGUGAACAAGAUAUUAACAUAACACGCACGUGAACAGGAUAUAAACACAACACGCACGUGAACAGGAUAUAAACACAACACGUUCGUGAACAGGAUAUAAACACAACACGCACGUGAACAAGAUAUAAACACAACACGCACAUGAACAGGAUAUAAACACAACACGCACAUGAACACAUAUUAACAUACGGCUCUCGAAUCAUCACAACACGGAGUGAACAAGAAAACAGAACAUGGGACUGUAUGUUGAUCAAUGUCAUUGAUACUAAUAGUAAAAAGCUGCACAAGAAAAAAUAGAUACUGUUCAUAUAAAGAAAUCAGUUCUGGACAAAUAUCUAAUUGGUUUGUUUUUAUUUGCACGAUGAGUGGAACACUGUAUCAACAAAGGAUUGAUAUUUGGAAAAUGGAGGUAUUCCAGAACGUCAACCUCAACGGGGAUUUGUCUCCCGAGCUGUAUGACAUCAUGCAGCAAAACACAUUCUCGAACGUUUCUGUGACGUCAGCAGAUAUUUCCGGAUUCUCUGAGGUGAAAUUUAAAAACACGUGUGACUAUCUAUUCAUAGUGGACGUGCUGUGGUCGGACGGACGAUCCAUGUGCGUGAAAAGAACUUACAAAAACUUCUUAAAUUUUCGGAAAGUUUUGGUGGAUUAUUUUCAAAAAGAUGACCACAAUAAAGGACCGGUAUUUAUACCACACCUACAAGGGUUGAAGAUGUUCCGGCGGUACACACGUGACCUGGCGGAGGAAAGGGAAGCGGAACUCCAUAAAUUUGUUAAAAACCUCCUCAACGGAAACCCUCUGGUAUCCUCUACAAUCCCAGUGGUGGAAUUUUUCGAACCAAAGGCAUCAGAUCCCGUCCCCUUUAGAAGUAGCCCGGACGGAGAUGAAAGUGACGAAGAUCCAUUCGCUGAAGAAGUAUUCAGCCGGAAGUGGAUGAAACAAGACAAAUCCUCCGACAACUCCUCCAGGAGCAAAACAUAGUCCGCUUUCCGUGUCUAUCAUGUCAAUUAAUAAUAGUCUGUAUGUACGAAACCUGACACUGCUGUUGUACACAAACGUACGUGUAGGUUAACCAAAGGCCUUGGUUUGGAGGCUCUUUUAAGACAAUAGUAAAAGCAUGUGUUGGACACCGUAAAAACUUCCACUAGACUGGACAAUUUCACUAUUGGAAUGUAUUAAAAAAUAUGUUCAACGAGUAUUAAAUGGCUCCCAAACCUAACUCAGAGCUCGUGACAAGUAAUUGUAAUUUGUAUCGGUACCAAGGAGAUCAAGGCAACAAAGAUGAAAAUAUCCUGGGGAUAACGCACAAACGAAUAUGACAUGGAAUGAUGAUGACAUUUGUUUACUAAUCCGCUUUAAAUGUACUUAAUACAAUUAUUGAAUAAACUAUUUAACAUGCGUCACACAA